AUCAACCUCUCUUUGACUCAAGGUCUUAGCCAUCAUGAAGCUGCUCAUCUUCUCCUGCCUUAUGGCUCUUGCUCUGGCCAGACCAGAUGUCCUCCAUUUAUCUAUUGAUAGACAUAUUAAACAUCGAGAAGUGGAAAACCGUUCGAAUGAAGAUCUCAUUCCACUAAAUGAGGUUUCAUCAAGCGAGGAAUCUCUCCACCAGCUGAACAGAGACAGACGUUCCCCGGAAAAAUAUGAGCUCAACAAAUACAGAGAGGAUUUGAAGACUUCAUCAAGUGAGGAAUCUGUCGCUCCAUCUACUGAAGAAAGUGUCCGCAGACAGGUUGAAUACAACUUCAAUGAGCAGGAGGAUGCUUCUGCCUCAAGGGAGAGAAAGAUUGAAGAUGUCAGUGAACAGUACCGGCAGUAUCUGAGAAGACGUCCAGAAGAGAGAGCACUCAAUUUACGCUACCUGGAACCUCUCUAUUAUGCUACUGAGCCGGACUUCUACUACACAUAUGUUCCCAUUUCCAUGCCACGAUUUUUCCCUUAUCCAGCAGAAGCCCCUGUUUUUUCUACCCGCAAAGCUCCAGUACCUUCUAUCAACAGGGCUACUGAAGCAGUCUAUACCUAUUCUGAAGAGAAGAAAAACUAAGAAGAGCUUUCCAGAUCUCCCUCUCUCCUGAUCCUUGUUCUGACUGAAAAUUCCAACCUCUUUAUGGGAUCUAUCUUCUAUUGGUGUCUACAAAUAGCAUCAUCCUAUGCAGGAAAUUUGAUGCUCAUUAUUGAAUGAAAAAACAAAAGCAAAGCAAAACUCAGGAGAGUGGAAUCUUUCUCUGAUGUGUACUACAUGGCAUUAUUCCUCUUAAUCAAAAUUUGAUUUAGAAAUGCUCUUUCCUAUAUCCCACUUUCAGUCCUGACAAGCCAGGUGUAGGGCCUUUUAGUAUGGACAGUUAUUUAUAGGUGCCAAUGCUUUUGCUAUGUUUCUGUAAAGGGAAUUUGUAAGAAAGAGUCCUUGAACUAUUUAUCUUCUUAGCACUUCUUCUAGCUACUGUGUAAUAAAGUUUUCCAUUUUUCUUGCUUUUAAUAAAUUACUUAUUAAGGCAU